AUGGCAUUUAACGGUACUUGGAAAAUAGACAGAAAUGAAAAUUAUGAAAAGCUAAUGGAGGCGAUGGGUGUUAAUGUAAUGAAAAGAAAGUUAGGACUCCAUGAUAAUCUGAAGAUGACUAUUCAACAAGAUGGAAACAAAUUUAUCAUCAAAGAAUCAAGCAACUUCCGUACUCUAGAUAUUGAAUUUACUCUGGGAGUCAAUUUUGAGUACAGUCUGCCAGAUGGAACUGAAGUUUCAGGUUCUUGGAACAUAGAAGGAAACAAACUUGAAGGAUCGUUUACCAGGAAAGAUAAUGGAAAAGUGCUCCAAGUAUGCAGAGAAAUUGUAGGUGAUGAACUUGUUCAGACUUCAGUGUAUGAAGGAGUUGAAGCCAAGAGAAUCUUCAAAAGGGGCAGAGUACUUCACCCAGAACAGCACACAAAAAUAAUUGGGCCCAUUUCAAUACUGAGUGAACUGGCUGGACUGAGGAGUCCGGACGGCCCCUCAGCAAUGGGCGGGAAAGGCGCCGCUGAGACACGGCAACCCCGCUUACACACAACCGCCUUCAGCCGCCCACUGCGGGCGGAGCGCUCCGCGAGUUGCCGAAGGCGGUACCGCCGUGCGUGA